AUGGCACAGGGGGAAAGGAGAGAAAGCUUGCGGCAAAUUCUGAAGGAGGUACUCCCUGCUGAGUACGAGGCGUUUGAGGACGAUGACUGUGACAACCUUAUCAGGAGAAGGUUCACUAAGCUUGGGAUGCUCAGGAACGCUGGAGCACUGAAGACCCUGAGGAAUGGGCCAGAUCCGUUGCCUGAAGCCCUCGUGUGCGCCCUGGAGUCUGCAGCAGAGAAGGCCCUUCAACCUCCUCCAAAACGAGCCUGCAGAAGGAUGAAGGCCUUCAGUCUCCAAGAUGGGAUUGAUAAGGAGGGGUUCUUUAGAAAGUCGGAAGAGGCCCCGCAGGUCAUUGAGAUGAUCAAGAAGGGGAAGUAUCCCCUCAUUGCAGAUGUUAGGAAAGCAGGAAAGACGACGCUGAAACAGGAGAUCGUGGACCUGCUUCAUGGACAAACAGUAGACACGAUCAGGGGCGAAAGCGAAGUCAGGGUAGUUGCAGUCACGCUGGGGUGGGGUUUGGAGAUGCACGGACAGGAGUCCGAAACAGCAUUCUGGAAGUAUGUGAUCGACGAUGUCGUUCGGAAAUCUCAGGGGCUGCUGGUGCGACAUCCAGACACGACAGAUUCCGCCGCGGGGUUUGCGAGCCUCUUCCAGUGGGUCAGGCCGACUGGUCCUCUGGUUGUGCUGUGCGUCGAUGAAGCCUCCGAGUUGGCAAAGGCCUCCAUCAUAAACCGUGCGAGCCUCAUGCACUGCUUCCGGGAUAUGCGCGAGGCCGCCACGCGCAGGCAGCACCGGCUACUUUCAGUCGCUUUCUUCGGCACCUUCACGGUGCUGCGGAUUGUUGACGAGCUUAACGAGGGAAGACCGGGGCCGUCAGGCGCCAUUUUCCGGACGUCGCCGUUCCUGCUGGCAACAGGUCCUGAAGUGAUCAGGGGCCUGAGGCGCUUUUCUAUUGAAGACAUCGUUCAGCUGCUGGAAGAGUACGCCGAGCUGUGCAGAGAGGAGCUCGAGAAGAGGCCGGUUGCGCUGCAGGACCUGCAGAGAAUUGCAGAGUCCAUCUUCGAGAAAACCAGGGGCCACAAGGGCCAGACCGUCGCGUGCCUCAUGGCGUUGCAGACCAAGCAGCUCCUAGAAAAGAAUCUAGACGGGCCCCUCAUUGUAGAGCAGUGGCUGCAGUACCUCAGGACAGACCUGCCUGCGUAUGUCGCUCAGUCCACUGUCUUUCGAGCCACAGUCCAGAGCGCUCUCCAAGCCACUCCAGCCCAGCUCGAGCUCCUCAGCUCCGUCCUCUAUAGUGGAACCGCAACUGUGCCGGCUGACCAGGUGCAAGAGAUCGCAGAGCCGUUGCUAGCAGAAGGAGUUCUUGUGGAAGAAGCGCACGGGGAAUCGAGCGAGUUUGGCUACCGGAGAGCGGCAGUCGCCCAGGCGAAGUCCCCGCCUGCCCCCGGAGAGUACUUGGAGUACAUCGACUUCCUUGUGAUUGAGACGGUGCGCAAUCUGAAUUGGGCCACCAUUGCCUGUCACAGAGCAGCAAACGCGUCGGGGGAGCCGUCGGAGUACGCACUGCAAGGCCAGUUCUUGUUGAUAUUGAAUCAAUUGCUACGGAAGACCGAAAAGGUCCAAUUCUUCAGCCUAGUCGCGGAGGCCAGGAACAUAACGACCACCUCGGGGAACGUACGAAGACGGAUCGACUUCCUCUGCUGGCCCCUUCCACAUCGGCUCGGGACUAUUAGGCCCUUCGCGAUCGAGCUGAUUGCGUUUGCUGGGAGGGCCGACAUCCUGGAGCACAUGAGGCGUGGGUACCCGAAGUUGCACGCCGCUGACGUGGACGGACGAGUCGAGACGUGCCACACAGUGGUCGUCCACGUGUCAGCGGACUGGGCUGCCAAGAGGGGCGCCAUAGACUACUUUGGGCCCCCCGAGGGUGUCGAGGACGUGCACGUCGUGCAAGUUCUUUUCAAAGAGAAUGGGGCCAAGGCACGGAUAGCAUUCGAGGAUAGGGAUAGGGAUAGGGAGAUUCCAGUAGCGGGGCUGCGCAAGGAGGCCAAAAUGGUUCUUUCAAAGCUGACGACGCCUCCCAGCUCCACUCCGGGCACCCGAAGGCCUCCUCUUCCCCAGCCCCGUUAAGAUAAGACAAUCAAUCAUUAGAUGGACGACAAGUGGGUCGUUCAAAAGGUUCUGGUUUCGCUUGGAGAGUGCUAAUUGUCAUCAAGUGUAGUGGUCUGACCUGUGCUUUCGCUUUGACAGCUUGUGAUCUGACUGCGGUAAUACGUUACAGGCCGGAUUAUACCCCAGAUUUGCAGCAAGUCAGAAUCCCGUACGGAAGUGACAGAAAGGGUUCGGUUUCUUGUUUGGAAUAUAUGUGCAGUCAAAUGUGGUUGGCAACCUUUAUUGACAGAGUCUGAG